CAAGUGAAAAAUGAUUCGCACGGAGUAAUUCUGCUUCCGCUAGCCGCCACCGUGGUGACGUUCGUCAUUGUUUUUUUGAUCUAUGCAACGCGAAAACGCAUUCAAAUGAUUAUUCAGGUCUUCAAAGAGGCCAGUAAAGCGAUUGGCGAUAUGCCGCAACUGUUUAUUCAACCGGCAAUUUCGUUUGUCGCAUUUCUGGUAUCGGCCAUUGGGUUUAGCUCCUUUCAACAGUGUUUUAAAGCUGGUAUUAAGGAAAACGGGUAUUUCAAUCCUGACGAUAUUGUGAUCUGCACGUACAUAUUUCUGAGCUGGGGUGGUAUUUGGCUCACAUAUUUCUUCAAAGGAUGCCAGAGUAUGGUCAUUGGUGGAACCGUUGCUACAUGGUAUUAUCGAAGAGAUAAAUCGGACUUGGGAUCGCCGAUGUGGAGGACAACCAGCAAUAUGUUGCGUUAUCACAUGGGCACUGUUGCUUUCGGUUCACUUUUGAUGCUGCUUAUGGAAAUCAUAAAGAGCAUUUCCGAUUUCUUUACGAAACGCAAAAUCGCGCGCGUUUGUUGCUGCUGCUGUGCUUGUAUCUGCUGUAUGCUGAAUAAGUGUAUAAAAAACUUUGAGGAAAUUAUAAAAUAUUUCACCAAGAUGUCUUAUAUUAUGACUGCUAUUCACGGCGUGUCGUUUUGCACCGGUUGUCGCGAAGGAAUGAUACUACUGCUCAACCAUGCGUUUUCACUAAUGCAACUGAAAUGUUUUUGCAAGUUCGUCCUUGGUCUGCUGCAGUUGAUUAUCGUCGCCAUUGUUAUUAUCGUAUGCAGAAAUAUUGCACGUCCAGAUAGUGCCGAUUUCGUAUCGGUUGUUUCUGGUAUUUUCGCGUUUUUUGCCGCUAAUACUUUCCUCAGUCUUUAUAAUAUCGCGAUCGACACGAUCUUCUUGUGCUAUUGUGAGGAUCUGGCUGAGAAUGAUGGCGUCUCGAAACCGUAUUUCAUGUCCAGGGAACUGAUGUGUUUCAUGGAGGAUUCUAAGAGGACGUUGAGUGAUAUUGUGAGGGAUAUGGCAGGUGAGGUCGAUAUGCCUGGUCGAGUCGUGCGUGGACAUGAUGAUGGUCCAAAUGCGCCUUCAAUGGGCCCCAUCUGAUUACCUUUUUAAAAAUGUUCUUACGUCUUUUUUCCAUCGUUUUCAAUUGUUAUUCAUGGUUUUAUGAUCAACGAAAAGUUUAUAUACUUUAUACUUUUUUAUAACAUUGUAUUAUGUACUUCCGAGUAUUUUAUCAGUAUAAUAAAUUUUUGAUAUAAUAGAA